AUGCCUACGAAAUCCAUAGUACCCUCACUUCUGUAUGCUGGAACUCAAAACAACACACUUGAAUACCUCAUUAUGAUCAACGCAUCAUGUGGCCAUCCUAAAGAAGCUCGAAAUGGACAAUCUGACUUUGCACGACGUUAUCAUGCAAACACAGGACCCCAGUCCAAAAUCGAUGCGGUUGCUAUGCUGGGUUACAUACCACUCCAACCCAAUGAGCUGUGUGUUCAAGAGGAAGUUGACCGUCAGAAACAAUGCGGAAUGUCACCGUGCGAUUGUUCCAACUGUCGGCCUGAAGAAGCCGAGGCCUUGUGGCUAGCUCAGCCAGCGCUCACUGUCGAAAACUUUGAUGAAGCUCUGGCUAUGAACGAGAUGGAGUUGCUCAACCUUGUUGAAGAACUGCCUGACCCACCAGUCGCACCAGCAGCUGACAUACAACAUGUAGCUCAUAUCUGUGUGGCUGAUGACCCGAUCAUCAAUAUACCCCUCCUAGAAAAACUCGUAACUAGAUGGGUAGAAUCAUUCAACCAGUUGUUCUACCUCAUUUUCACUGAGCCAUCUGACCUUGGCCCGCCCGACUAUUUUGGAAGGGAUAUGGCUUGGGACCUGGCAAAAAACAUUGAUAUCAUUACCAGCCCUAGUGAUUUUGCUUUACUUCUGGGGAGCGAAACUCUCAAAGGACAGUUCGACUGUCUCUUUGUGGUGUUCUGUCAGUGGAAGAGCGAAUUUGCGACCGGGGCACUUCUAGCAGACACAGCAGCACGACGGGCUUCCACGAUCCGGCCGAACAAUUCAUCAAAGGUCCCUCAAUCUUGUGAAGGAUUUAAAUUGAGCAAACAGCGCGCCGAAGCGAACAAGUUGGCCAUCAAAGCCGCGCGCGAGGAGUCGAAACGCGAAGCGGCACUUGCGAAAGCUGAAGCAAAGGCACAGCGAGAUCAAGAGCGAGGAAAAGCUGAAGCUCGUAAAAGAGAAACCAAGGGGGCCGUUCGGGUCAACUCAUUGCAGAAUCCGCUGGGACAUCAGCAGGCCACCAGAAAAACUUCAAAGUGUGUCGCCGAUGUGCCACUGGAGGGAGUGUCUUCAAGGACAAAAGCCUUUUAUACUCGCAAUGUUUUGAUAGUGAUAUCUGAUUUUUUGGUUCAAUCUACUAUGGGACUGUCCUCAUCAACCCACGACAACAACACGUCCGCAGCCCCCCAUCGAAAGCGGGAUGAUCGACCCGCGACUUUGUCAGCCAGACUUAAUUUGACCAUAUUCCGAACUCCCUGUCGCCAGAUGUUCGUGACCUGCGGCGGGGGUCGCAAGCUCGGUCCUCCUUCACCUAAACAUUCCGCGGCAUACGUGAGGAAUAAUUCCAACGACGCACAAGUUAUACCAUUCAAGUUGGCCUGGUAA